UUCUCUCUCGUUGAGAAGGAAUAGUGGUGGUGGUGGUGGCAGCAGCGAGUCUCGAGGGAAGUACGAAAAGGAUGCGGUGCAUCGAGUCGUUGGCGUUCCUCGUCCUAUGCCUGCUGAGGCCAAAUCUCGCGGAAGAUGGUGACUUAUACUUCUCGGUAAGCCCUGCUGAACAUUCGGUGGUCGAAGGACAUCCGGUUCGACUGAGAUGCGAGGCUCAACCGAGUACCCGUGUUCAGUACUCCUGGAAGAUCGAUGGAAAAUCAUUGGCACCGAGUCCAAGAAGACAUCACGUUGGGGGCGAUCUCUACAUAACUAGGGUCGAUCGGAUACUCGAUAGUGGAAACUUUGUUUGUGUUGCUACUCACGUUGAAACUGCUUAUUCGAUCGAAAGCUCGCCAGCUAAAAUCGACGUACAAUGGAUAAGCGAGGCAAGCGUGCAACUGCAACAACCAAAAUUGCCAUCACCCAUUCAGGUCGGUGGCGAGGUCGAGCUACGAUGUCACGUCGAUGGAUCCGGAGACAUGAAAUACGGCUGGUUCAAGAACAAAGUGAGCCUAACAAAAAGCGAUCGGCUCGAAAUAAAGAAAAAGAGAUUGCACAUACAUCGCGUAAUGCCAGAAGACAGCGGAAUGUACACUUGUGUUGCACAAAACGAAGCUGGUUCAUCCCCCAUUAGCGAUAGUUACCCUCUGGUGGUUACCGGAAACGAGACGGCUACGAUCAAACUUGUCCCAAGGAAUUUAAUAGUAAAACGUGGCGAGCCAGCGGUUUUUGAUUGUUUCUUCGAGGAUGCUGACGUUGUCCAGUGGUUUUUUAAUAAUAUGGGACCGGUAGAAUCGGACGAAGAAAAGACCGUUUACGAAAAUGGCACCCUUCAGAUACGCGUCGCUGAACUCCGGGAUAAUGGCUUUUAUUCCUGUCAUGGACAAAGGGGUGACACCACGCAAACCUACACGGUCGAAUUAAAGAUUGCUUCUCUGAAUAAUCUCUCCGCGGCAUCAUUCGAACCCACUUUACCGAAUCAAGUGGCUAUAGUCGGCGAAGAUCAGGAAUUACAAGUAAGCUGUUUGCAACCUUGUGGUGUGCCGACUCCUAAGGUUUAUUGGAGAGAUCCCAAGGGACAUAUUAUAAGCGACACAGGUCCCAUUCGCGUCCAGGACAAUACCCUCAUUAUUGCGAAAGCUCAAAUAAACGAGGACGAUGGAAAUUAUACUUGCGUGGCAGAGAAUCUAGCUGGGGAGACGGACAUGUCAGUACAAGUGGUCAUAUCAACUCUACCGACAUUGUUGAGUUCGCCGGAAUCGUUAAGCGUGAUGGAAAGUGAACCCGUUACAAUGACUUGUUCCUAUUCCGGCAUGGAAGCACCCGUUACGCACGUUCGAUGGUUCAAAGAUGGCGAACCCUUAAAAGAAACCGGUGGACCAACGAGACAUCGAGUGACCGAUCAUCACGGUAACGUCACCUUACACUUCAAAAGCGUUGACCUAUCGGACAAAGGUAUCUACGCUUGCGAGAUUGAAACUAAGGGCUUUUUACCGAUCUUCUCCGAUCCUGCUACCUUAACCAUCGAGGAAAAGCUUAAAUUUUCCCCACCGCCUGUAAACAAACGUCUAGAACUUGGAUCGACAGCUAAAGUUUCUUGCAAAGCUCAAGGUGCUACUAAUCCUACGGUUAAGUGGAUUAAAGAAGGCAACGGAGAAGAUUUUCCAAAACACGUGCAGGAUAUCAACGGGACGCUUCAUUUCAAUGGCGUUUUGGAAGAAGACAAAGGUCGUUAUACUUGUAUAGCUAGUAAUAUGCAAGGAUCGAUCAAUCAUACGAUUAACAUCGAUGUAGUGAUUGCACCCAAGUUCACGAUUCAACCGCAAAAUCCCACCGAAGCGAUAGAAGGCUACCCAGUAAUGUUGCAUUGUGCCGCCGAAGGCGAUCCUAAACCUACCAUACAAUGGGACAAAGACUCCCGUAUGAAUAAUUUGGACAAUCCCCGUUUCGAAGUACUUCCUAAUGGAAGUCUUUACAUCAAGGAAGUCUAUCUUGGCGAUGAAGGAAAGUACGGUUGCACGGCUGGGAAUAGUGGUGGUUUGAAGAGAGAAGAAGUUCAGUUAAAUGUGAAAGCUGGCGACAGCUAUAGGUCGGAUUUGGAUUUGGAAGCUGGCGACGAUGGCUCGAUGAUGACAAAGACUGUGACUAUCACGCUUAGCGCUGCAGCAGCUUACAUGGUUCUCGUUGUUGGUCUAAUGUUGUACUGCCGUUAUCGGCGUCGCAGGAGGAAGCAACAAUAUCUUCAAGAACAAGCUGAAGAAAAAUUAGAGAACGGCGAAGUUCAGGAGGAACAAACGGAAUUGAAGGAGACCACCACCCACAAAACUAAUUCUACGAGCAAGAAGAAAGAAAAUCGCGAUUCUCAAAACAAGAGCGACGGAGCUGACACGGCACAGAGUCAAAGUAGCAAUCAAUCGAAGAGAUCAAAGUCGAAUUACGACAAGAUAGCGGUAUCGCGAACCAACUUGAAGGAACUUAAGCCGUUGGGUCGAGGUGAGUUCGGUGAGAUUUAUGCGACCAAGUAUCAAUUGGACGGGGAUAAGGAAAGUCUCGUGAUGGUGAAAAGUUUGACUAAUACGAAGGACGAGAUAGCUUUACAGGAAUUCAAACGACACUUGGAUCUAUUGCACAAGCUAAAUCACGAGAAUGUUGUUAAAUUGAUAGGAUUGUGUCGGGAAGAGGAACCUGAUUAUAUGAUUUUAGAAUAUACGGAUUGGGGAGAUCUGAAGCAAUUUUUGAUCGCUUCGAGAAAGGACAACAAUAGUAGUCCAUCGCACGAAACGAAGCAACCUCGGGCACCGCAGCUGUCGGUAGCACAGAUAUUGUCCUUGUCCAAUCAGGCUGCCAGAGGUUUGAAACACCUUGCUGACAAUCGAUUGGUCCACAAGGACAUAGCCGCUCGUAAUUGUUUGAUUGCCAGUAAUCUGACCAUCAAAAUCUCUCUUCCUUGCAUGAGCAAGGAACCUUAUCAUCAAGAGUAUACGAAACAUCGGAACCACGUGAUCCCUCUGAGAUGGCUUCCGUACGAGGCCGUCUACGAGGACGAGUAUUCGACCAAAAGUGACGUCUACUCUUUCUCUUGUCUCGUAUGGGAGAUGUUUCAUCAGGGCGAGUUACCCUUCAACAAGAUGAACGACGAAUCCGUGCUGGCUCAGUUGAAGACUCAAACGCUAACGUGGAAGCCUCACAAAGCAGCCCCACCGACUUUACAGGAACUUCAGGUGCAGUGUUGGGCGAACGAUCCGAGAGAGAGGCCAACCUUCGACGAGGUUGUCUCGAAAAUAGGUGAAAUCGUCGUCGAUAGUUGUCUCUAAGUUAUUUGUCGUUGUCGUCGUGAAAGAAAAGGAAAAAACAAAAAAAUACAAGUAACAUACGAGCCUCCAAAUUAACUGAAUACUGCGAUAGGGAUAAUAAUUGUGUAAGGCUGGUGUAGGCGCAAACGACGUGAUCGAACGUUAUGGUUGCUUCGAUGUGAAAACAGGAAAUAAUAUAAUAGAAAAAACAAAACGAAAAAAAUAACUAAAUCGUCCAAGAUUGCAAGAUCUUAAGUGUUCUUUCUCGUCGAGUGUAUAUAACUGAACGUUUAUAUCGUUAUUUUGAUAUAAAGAUUACUUUACAUUGAAAGUUUAGAGAUAUGGUAGAGUGUACUUAAGCUCGAAAUUUUUAAUAUACAUUUUUUAUUACUGGUUUCACAUCGUCGUACUGGUUGUCGUACGUUGAACAAAGAUCGAUAGGCUUCAUCGCGAAAAUCAUGACUGUCGUUAUUAAAUAAUUAAUAGGCCUCGCGCAACGCUUGAUAUCGAUCAUAUAUCUUAGCAUGUUGAAGUAUAUAGAAUCAUCAGGCCUUUGUGUAAAUGGAAACGCUUACUCGCUGAUUACUCGUCGAAAAGGUAUCGUCGUAUUAAAAGCGAUACGUCCUCCACUAUGAUACGAAAAUAACAUCUCAUUCGAGCAUCCUUUCGAUAUACAGGAAGUCCGAGAUAAUAAAAAGAAACAAAUAUUCGAUUGGGUCUUAAAGCUCUUUCAUAAUAAAUAAAAAAAAUGAUUUGAUGAAUGUUCACGAGGGAAUAUUUCGAUGAUUGUUUUUCAUUAAGAAUCAGCUUUAGAAUCUAAGGAAUUAUUCAUCUCUCACUUCCAUAAUAACAUUCUGUAUACACGUGGUGACAUAUUUUAGAUAACGAGUUUAAAGUAUGAAAAUGAAAAGAAAAAGAAAAAAGAAAGAAAAUCUAUUCGAUGGUCGGCCGUUAUGAAGGAGGAAUUAUUUUACACCUGGCGAUGAUGCAUUAGCCAUCGGAAUCGCGUAAUCGAGGCGGCACGUUUUGCGUGAUUGCGAGCGUCGCUGAUUAAACUCUUCGCAAUCAUUAUUCGUAUUACGGUGUUUUUGUCGCGUCCAUUAGAUAAGGGUAAUGAUAUUUAUUUCUAAUUAGGAUGUCCGCUCCAAUGAAUGCUACCGUGUCCAGGUUAAAUAAUAUUAAUAUUAAUAUUAUUAAUAUAAUAAUUAACAAAAAUAAUAAUAAUAAUAAUAAUAAUAAUAACAAUAAUAAUAACGAUAAUCAUCCAUACGAAUCCAAUACACGUAAACGAUAUUAUACACUUAAAUGCAAUACUUAGUAUUCAAUAUCAAUAUGUAAUAAUUAUAAUAAUAAUAAUAAUAAUAAUAAUAAUAAUAAUAAUA